AGAAUUUAAAAUUUGGUUUCUUUUAGAAAGGGUGGUUUUUGAGAAAUGGGUCAGGUAAAGUAUUCGCGGGUCGAUGGGAAGAAGUCAUCAUCAUGCUCACCGGUGACCCUUGUGGUUAUAUUCGGAGUAUGUUUAGUUGGUGUAUGGAUGUUUAUGUCAUCAUCCGCUAUCCCGGGUCAGAAGCCAAAUUUGCCCACGAAACCGUCAACUUGGUUUGAAGAUAAUUCUGGUGACUUACCAGAAGAUGCAGUGAAAGAUGGGGUCAGUCAAGAACUUGCUCAAGAUGAACCGUCAAAAACGGAUGCUGGAAAUGUUGACGAAAAGAACAAUGACGAUGAACCCGUUUCAAGAAAUGAAGAUUCUAACACUGGAGAUGAUUCUAGUAAUAGUGAAAGUGAUGAGGCUAAGUCACAUUCAGUGUUAGAGGAAGAAAGUAGUAGUUCUGGAGGCACGGAGUCAGAUUCAAAUAGUAAUGAAUCCAAGAAACCGAGUUCUGUGGUUGUGAAAGAACAAAAGAAACCAGAAGAUACUAAAAUACCCGAAUCUUUCCCUGCUGGUGAUCAGUCCGAAAUUCUAAAAGAAACCCGAACCCAAAAUGGGGCUUUUUCAACACAAGCAGCUGAGUCUGCAAGUGAAAAAGCAUCACAAAAGCCAGUUGGGUCAAAAAACCAAGAUGAGUACAAAUGGAAGACAUGUAAUACUACAACAGGUGCGGAUUUUAUUCCGUGUCUUGAUAAUGUGGAAGCCCUAAGACAUAUUCAUACUACACUGCACUAUGAACACAGGGAAAGACAUUGUCCAGCUGAAUCCCCUACAUGCCUUGUUCCCCUUCCUCAAGGGUACAAGAUCCCAAUCAGGUGGCCUAGAAGCCGAAACCAGAUAUGGUACAGUAAUGUUCCCCGAACCAAGCUGGCUGAAGUAAAAGGGCAUCAAAACUGGGUGAAAGUAACCGGAGAGUAUCUUACUUUUCCGGGAGGUGGAACUCAAAUGAAGAAUGGAGCCCUCCACUACAUAGACCAUAUCCAAAAGUCAUUUCCUGAGAUUGAAUGGGGCAAAAGAACCCGUGUGAUACUAGAUGUUGGAUGUGGAGUUGCGAGCUUUGGUGGGUACCUUUUUGAGAGAGAUGUAAUUGCUAUGUCCUUUGCUCCAAAAGAUGAGCAUGAAGCACAAGUGCAAUUUGCUCUUGAAAGGGGUAUUCCUGCCAUUUCAGCCGUCAUGGGUACCCAGAGGUUGCCCUUCCCUAGUAAGAUCUUUGAUGCUAUUCAUUGUGCACGUUGCAGAGUCCCAUGGCACAUUGAAGGCGGAAAACUGCUGUUGGAGCUCAACCGUCUCUUAAGACCUGGUGGUUAUUUUGUAUGGUCUGCUACCCCAGUUUACCAAAAAGAGACUGAAGAUGUGGAAAUAUGGGAAGCUAUGUCUAAGUUGACUAAGGCUAUGUGCUGGGAGCUUGUGGUGGUUUAUAAUGAUCAACUGAAUCAAGUGGGUGCAGCAGUAUACAGAAAGCCAACUUCCAACGAAUGCUAUGAAAACAGAAAACAAAAUGAUCCACCAAUAUGCAAGAGCAAUGAUGAUCCAGAUGCAAUCUGGAAUGUAGAGCUUCAGGCUUGUAUGCAUAAAGUUCCUGUUGAUACUUCAGUUCGAGGUUCAGAGUGGCCAAAAAUGUGGCCCGAGAGGUUGGACUCGCCACCAUACUGGUUAAAGAGCACCGAGAAUGGAGUUUAUGGAAAACCAGCUCCCGAGGACUUCUAUACUGACUAUGUCCAUUGGAAAAACGUUGUCUCUAAGUCAUACUUGAAUGGUUUAGGAAUCGAUUGGUCUUCUGUCAGAAAUGUCAUGGACAUGAGAUCGAUUUAUGGAGGAUUUGCUGCUGCAUUGAGAGAUUUGAAUGUUUGGGUGAUGAACGUGGUGCCACUUGAUUCCCCAGAUACACUUCCAAUUAUAUACGAACGUGGACUGUUUGGAAUAUAUCAUAACUGGUGUGAAUCAUUCAAUACAUAUCCGCGAACAUAUGAUCUUCUUCAUGCUGAUCAUCUUUUCUCACGUCUUAAGCAAAGAUGCAACCUAGUAUCAAUGAUCGCAGAAGUAGACAGAAUCUUAAGGCCAGAAGGUAAACUGAUAGUACGCGACAACGUAGAGACUAUUGCUGAGAUCGAGAACAUGGCUAAGUCGUUGCAUUGGAACAUCCAUAUGACUUACAACAAAGAUAAAGAAGGAUUGUUGUGUGUCAGAAAGACAUUAUGGCGACCAGCCGAGGUAGAAACAUUAGCUUACACAAUCUGAUAGAAACCAUGUUUUUAGUUACUACUGUUUUAAAUUCUUCCAUAGUUUUUUUUUUAACUUUUUUCUAUUUGACAUAAAUUUGUCCUAGGUUUAUUUGAUUUAAUUGCAAAUGUAAGCUGUGUAGCAUUGUUUUUGUAAUGACUUUGAAUUUGUUCUUGUCUACUCCAUUCAAAUGGAGGGGGUUUUAAUGUAAAAGAAAAAAAUUUAUUAA